CGGGAAAGGCAUCCUCGCCGCUUUGUGCUGCAGCUCCCCGGGCACCUGGGGUUCUUCCUGCUCCUCUGAGGGCGGCUUGGCACUUGGUUCUCUCUGAUCACAGCAAGACUGCCCGGUGUGGGCAAGACCCGGGCCAGGACCGGCCGCCCUGCCCAGCCGGAGGAGCUGGUAACUAUGCUGAGGAUCAUCACAAUCUCAGUUGGACAGAGAGAAUCUGAAGAUGUAAAUGAAAGAGGCUCAGAUAAGGAGAUGGCCGCCAACUCAGCAGUUGUUCAAGACAUCACGAAAGAUGGGCAGGAGGAAAGCCCUGAAAUAAUUGAGCAGAUUCCUUCUUCGGAGAGCAAUCUAGAAGAGCUAACGCAGCCCGCCGAGUCCCAGACUAACGAUGUUGGAUUUAAGAAGGUGUUUAAGUUUGUUGGCUUUAAAUUCACUGUGAAAAAAGAUAAGAAUGAGAAGUCUGACACCGUCCAGCUGCUCACUGUCCGCAAAGAGGACGGCGAGGGGGCAGGAGAAUCCGAUGGGGCCGGCGACCACCAGGAGCCCAGCCGGGAGGCUGGGGAGGCAGCACCCAAAGAAAGCGAACUGAAGCAGUCCACGGAGAAACCCCAGGACGCUCUGAAAGCCGAGCCGAGCGGCACGGAAAUUUCUCUUCAGGCCGAGCCUGGCCACGCAGCGGAGGAGGGCAGAGAUGGAGAGAAACAAGAGAGGGAACCCACCAAGUCUCCCGACUCUCCGACCAGUCCAGGGGCCAGCGAGACGGCAUCACCCUUCAAAAAGUUCUUCACUCAGGGGUGGGCCGGCUGGCGGAAAAAGACCAGUUUCAGGAAACCGAGAGAGGAUGAGCUGGAAGCUUUGGAGAGGAAAAGGGACCAGGAGCCAGAAAGAGCAGACGCAGAAGAAAAGGAGAGCACGGAGGAGACCUCUGAGAAACCGGCGGCCGUCGAGCAGCCGCCGCCACGGGGCGCUGCAGAGAGCCUGGCGGAGGCCAGAUUAUCGGCCGAGUACGAGAAGGUGGAGCUGCCCCCCGAAGACCAGGCGCAGGGCCCUCCUGAAGCGAGAACCGCCCCGCUAGCUACAGAAAUAUUCGAUGAGAAGGUAGAGGUGGUCGCAGAGGUCCACGUUAGCACGACAGAGGGGACAGAGGAGCAGAAAGCCCAGGUGGAGGCAACAGAAGAGGCCCCGCCGGCUGAAAAAUUGGCCGAAGCCAGUGCCGGGCCUCAGGAGGCUGAGCCUCCCGAAGAGGUGAAGACCAAAGCAGCGGGUGCCCCCGGAGGGGACCACACCCAGCCACCCGAGCCCGGUCCCGACGAGAAGGCCCCGGCCGCACAGCCCGAGGGCCUGGUGAGCGAGGCGGAGGCGCUGGCGUCGCAGGAGAGAGUUAAGGUGCAGGGAAGCCCUCUGAAGAAGCUUUUUACGAGCACUGGCUUGAAAAAGCUUUCAGGAAAGAAGCAGAAAGUGAAAAGAGGCGAGGAGGAGCCGGGGGAGCACCAGGCAGUGCAGGCGGACUCUGCGGACAGCGCGGACGAGCAGAAGGGCGAGAGCUCCGCCUCGUCCCCCGACGAGCCCGAGGAGACGUGUCUGGAGAAGGGGAAGGCGGCCGCUCCCCAGGACGGCGAGAUCGAAGAGGGGACCACUUCGGAUGGAGAAAAGAAGCGGGAAGGCGGCGUGACUCCCUGGGCCUCCUUCAAAAAGAUGGUGACACCCAAGAAACGUGUCCGCAGGCUGUCGGAGAGCGACAGGGAGGAUGAUGACCUGGACAAGGUGAAGAGCGCCACUCUGUCUUCGGCGGAGAGCGGGGCCUCGGAGGUGCAAGAGGAAGGGAAGGGACACGGCGAUGAGCCAAAGCCCGAGGAGCCCAAGCGCAAGGUGGACACCUCAGUGUCUUGGGAAGCCUUAAUUUGUGUGGGGUCGUCCAAGAAACGAGCAAGGAAGGCAUCCUCUUCUGAUGAGGAGGGGGGACCAAGACCCAUGGCUGGGGACAGCCAGAAACCCGAGGAAGCGGCAAGAGACAGAGAAGCGGGGCCAGACGCUGCCCCCGCCGGGGCCCAGGAGCACGAGCCAGGGCAGGGGAGCUCGUCCCCUGAGCAGGCGGGCAGCCCCUCCGAAGGGGAGGGCGUUUCCACCUGGGAGUCAUUUAAAAGAUUAGUCACCCCCAGAAAAAAGUCCAAGUCAAAGCUGGAAGAGAGGAGCGAAGACGCUGGAGCGGGGGCUGGUGCAGAACCUUCAGCCGCAGAGGGUGAAGCCGGGAAGGAGGAGUCUUGGGUUUCGAUUAAGAAGUUUAUUCCUGGACGGAGGAAGAAGAGGUCAGAUGGGAAACAAGACCAAGGGGCGCCCGAAGACACAGGGCCGGCGGAAGCCACGGAAGACGAUUCGGAUGUCCCGGCCGUGGUGCCCCUGUCCGAGUACGAUGCCGUGGAGAGGGAGACCACCGACGCGCGGGACGCCCGAGCCAGCGGGGCGCAGCCCGAGCCAGCGGCGGCGGUUGCUGUGUCGGAGGAGCUCAGUAAGGGUCUGGUUCACACCGUGACCGUGGCGGUCAUCGACGGGGCGCGGGCCGUCACCAACAUCGAGGAAAGGUCCCCUUCUUGGAUCUCUGCUUCGGCGACAGAGCCUCUCGACCCCCCGGCUGGAGAGGUGCUGGAAAGAGAGGUCAGGGCAGAGGAGACCCCCAUUGUUACCAAAACCCUGCCCGAGAGCUACGAUGCCGCCGAGGACACGAUCACCAGUGAGGUGGAGUUAACCUCUGAAGCCGUGACCGCUGCGGAAACCACGGACGCCUUCAGUGCAGAGGAAGUGGCAGAAGUGUCGGGGGCUGAGGAGACCACCGACAUGGUCUCGGCUGUCUCCCAGUUAAGUGACUCCCCAGACACCACGGAGGAGGCGACGCCGGUUCAGGAGGCAGAGGGCGGCCUGCCAGAUGUGGAGGACCAGCAGCGGCGCACCCAGGAGGUCCUGCAGGCGGUUGCAGAGAAGGUCAGAGAGGAGACCCGGCUGCCUGAGGCCAGAGGACAGGAAGACAUGGUCCCGACAACGCAGAGAGUGGCAUCGAGACUGCCAGCCGUGGAGGAAGCAGAAGAGGACUCUCAGGUGCCGGAUCUGAAGGGAGAGAUGGAGGUGGCACGGAAGGGACACGUAGAAGAAACGACCCAGGGGAAGGGCGUCGGACAGGCCGCCCCAGGACACCUUGAAGAAGUUCCCGAAGUCACAGAGGGUGUCUCCUCCAGCGAGCUUAUAGCCAGCCGUCAAGCCGAAGCCUUGGCUGGGGUGAAGUCAGAGAUUGUCCUGGAGCAGGCCAUAGCCCCCGACUCGGCCGAAACCCUCACAGACAGUGAGACCAGUGGGAGCACCCCGGUGGCAGAUGGUGAAGCUGGCCAUGCCACACAGCAAGACGAGGUCAUGGGGACCCAUGCAGAUGACGAGGUGGUGUCUGGCACAGAAUCGCAGGUGCCGGGAGCAGAGGCGCCUCCAGCACACUCUGGGUUCCAGCCCCAGGAGGAAGGAAAAGAGCACUCAGAUGCCGAAGAGGUUCUAGAACUUGCGAGUAAAGAGGCGUCGGGUAAAGAGGCAUCGGUGGAGACCGCCCCCGUUCUUUCAAAGACUGAGGCUGGUCAAGGGGCCGGCCAGUUUGCCCGCGAGGAAACCAAAGACGGGCCAUUUGUUGGAGGGCUUGACAUGCCUGCGGACGCAGAAAUAGCAGCCAGUCAGAAAAAGACCACCGAAGUUGCCCUUAAGGAUGAAGCUACCGAAGAGGCUGAAUUUCAAGAGAACGAUAAUACUGAACUGCAGAGCCGCACUCGGUCUCCUCCAGCCCCAGCGGAGGGGGAGCGGGUGGUGCAAGUAGAGGGGGAGGGGAGGGAAGCCGAGCCAGCCCCAGGGAGCCAGGAGAAACCUGAGCCCAAAGCCGCUGAGGCGCCCAGUGCGCAGCUGGUCCAGGCCGUUCCCGCGCCCGCCUUAGACGCCGAGAAGGACGCGAUGGGUUUUGAAGAGAGUUCUCCUUGGCUCGUCCCCGGGGACGCGGUCGGCGCAGACACUCAAGGUCAAGGCUCUGAGGCGGCACUGCUUCUACCGGCUGCAGCGGCGGCGAAGGUUGUAGGAGAAACCGUCCAGCUUCUAGAAACAGCUGGAACUUUGGAGUCUGCGGAUGCACCUUUGGAAGUGGAAGCAAAGCCCUCGGAAAAAGAAGAUGUUGUGGUCCAGCUGGGGGAAGAGGCAGUGCCCACAGGGCCCGAGUCAAGGGCAGAACCAGCACCCGGAACAGUGCCUGCCGCCCCUGGAGAGGGCAUGGGCGCUGACCUGGAAGGAGAUGAGACCACGUCGCAGAAGGGGAAGCCGGACGGGCCCCACGAGCAGGUUAGCCGUCAGGUCGCCAGAGGGAGUGAAGCUGGAGAGGAAGACGUAGAGGCUGCAAAUGAGAUUUUGCAACUUAAGACUGAGAGCCGUAAGCUCGUGCAGAACGUAAUUCAGACAGUGGUUGACCAGCUAGUGAGUCCAGAAGAAAGAGCCGCUGACGGCCAGACACCGGCCCAGCUGACAAAAGCUGACAGUCAGAGAGGGGAACAGAACGUCGACGGUCAAGCAGCGAGGGGACUUCAGGUCUCUGCAGAGGAUGAGACACAAGCUACCACCGCCAGAGAGGAGUCCGCAGUGACCGAACAGACAGGCCCCGAUGGUCCCAAAGAUGUGACCGCAGCUGCAGAAGAGAUCACGGCCGUCGAGGCCGAAGGCUCCAGCAUAAAUGACCAGCAGCUUGAAGAGGUGGCUCUCCCAGCCCGGGGAAAGAGAGAAGUGGCCGGGACGAAGUCUGUGCGGGAAGAUGGCGAUCGUGCCGGCCUGGGAGAAAGAACAGAGAAGCCUCUGUCCGCUGCCGAGUACCCCGAGAACCAGACCUCGGCCCUGGAAGACGCCGAGGCCUUGGGAGACCUGACCAAAGAGUCCCCGGAUGCAAAUGGACCGAAACGAAAAGAGAAGGAAGUGGAAUUUCAGGAAGGAAAAGGGGAGAGCGACUCAGAAAAAGAGAUCAGGACGCAAACGCAGGAGGAGACGCAGGGCAGAGAGACGCAGCCAGCAGCGCCGGCGCUUACGGAGCCCUAAAACAUCACUUAGACCCGUGAAUUUGCGAGACCAGAAUGUGAAGACAAGUGGUAGAAGAAAAUGAAUGCUGCUGAUGAGACUCAAGACCAAUAUUUCAGACCUUUGAGAUCCGAAGAGCAGGCCCAUCCACCGAUCUCAUUUCCAGAGAACCCCCGACAAUCCUGAGGCUUCAUCGGGAGCUAGAGCCAGUUCACAUUCCCUCUUCGCAAGACCGCCUGUCGUUUCCCCUUGACACCACACCGUGUUUCUCAUUCAAGGUCCUGAAUCUUUAACCUGGGGCUGGAGUUGGCAGUACCUAGUUCCACUCCUCAAACUGGAGUUUCAUUCUUUAUGUAUUUAUAUGUAUGUUUUAAGUAAUCCUCCUCCUGUAUCUAGUGUAUAUUUUUUCUUACUGUUUAAGGAAAUGUGCGGGAAGCGUACAUUUCCGAUGUAUCACACAGUCUGUGACGGGGCAUCGGCCGUGGUGAAGCCUUGGAAGCACUGAGCCUCCUGUAUGAAACCUGUGAAGACAGCUUCCUAGACAUAACAUUCCCGAGCAGGAGCUACAGUUCUUAUUUUAAAAUUCACUAAGGAUUAGGUCCGCGUUUAGUAUUACUCUGACAUUGGUCGCUUUCCUAUUAUGCACAGUAUGCUAAAAAUAAAAAGCAUUUUUGGGGGGAAACAUACAGAAUGUUCCAUUGUUACUGUGAAAUUUUUCUUUCUAGCCCAAUGGAGGUUAGAAGUUUUGUUGUUUUUAUUUUUAGUAGCGGAUUAACUUUAGGUCUUUUCUCCUAAUUGUUUGGACAGAUGGGUGCUGAAUCCUGAGGCAAAGUAGUGAAAUGUUUUUCAUACUAUCAAGAAAAGAAUGGACUGUUUUUAAGUUUUGGGUUUUAUUAUGUGCCGGACCACACUCCCACGCAGCAUGAAUAAGUCAGGCUCUUUACAGAUGGUAUUUUGAUAGAUGAUGGAUUGUGUCUGUGCCAUAUUUGUGCCCACUCUUUAAAUAACAAUGUUGCAUUAUGUUCAAUUUGGAUAAACUGUGAUUUGACACCUGAUUUAAAUAAAAUAUUUGCUUCACUUAGAUUUGCUGGUUUUAUUAGAUACUAGGAAGGCUGGGCCAUAUGUUUACUGCAUCCUAAGAGCAGAAUAAGCUAGAAUUUUCUAAUGUCACUAUAUGACGUGACCACUUUCUACCGGUUUGAGCUGAUGUUCAGAGGAAGUCAUAGCUGAUAGGUAUCCACCAAAAUAAACCAGCAGCUUUUCAGAUGGAUGGUACUGAUACAAUGCUACCAUCUGCUGGUAUCUUCCUGAAAAGGUCAGUUUUCUGCAUUAAUAUUUGUUAAUGACCAAUGUUCCUAGAUAGAAAUUUUAAGAAGGCUUAAUAGUAAGAAUGCCUUGCCUAACAGGUGAUCCUGAACUUUUUAAAAAUGUUCAAAUGAUUUAUGGUUCUUGCUAAUAUAUAAAGGAUUCUAUCAAACAAUUUCUACACAAACAGUACUCACUUGUCUACCAUAAAAUCCCAUUUUUUCACACGUAAAACUUGCCUGGCAUAUAUACUUCUUAAAUUUUACUUAAACUCAGUCCUCCAGUUUGAGAACUUUCGUUUCAACUGCCAAUUAAUGAUUUUAAAGCAUAACAUUCUAGAAAGACCAGAAUAGCCUUUUAGCAGAAAGAAAAUUUGCUGUUAGAACUGAAGAGUGGUUUCUCUUAUACCAACACACCUGUCUACAAGAAAACAUUGGCCAUAAUAGAGACACCUCAUAACAAUGUAUGGCCUUGUAGCUGGAAAGCAUUGAAUAUCCUUUUAGGAGUUACUCUCAUGUAUAAUAGCCACCUGUGCUUAAUUAUUAAACUUUAAAAUCCCCUCCCCCCCAAAAAAAAACCCCUCUCAUCUAAGUAGCUUCUUUUACCAACUUGAGACUUAAAAAAAAAAAGUGCUAGUGUCAAUUUUUGAAGAUCAACCAAAAAGUACUGGAGAUGACAAGAAUUUGGAAGGAGUCCAUGAGAGCUCCAAUAUUGAUUCAGCUUUCUCUCUGUGGCAGGAAGAAACUACUAUUUUGAGCAGAUGAAAGAUUUGUGUAGUUUGUGGUGAACAGAUUUUCUUUCUUUUUUUGGUGUGAAUUCCAUCCUGCCGGGUCAUCCCGUGUGGACUGACGUGUGGCCAAGCAGGUCGUCGCCACUGGUCCUCCUGACUGUGCUGCUCGUACCACUGUCUGGAUGUGCCCUGGGUCCUUCUGUACAAGCUCUGUACCUCUGUCCAUUAAGCAACACUGUGUGACUAACAAGAGGAAUGCUAUGAACAGUAGCAGGAAAUACAGGUCUGUGUUAUCAUUCUAAAGCUGCUGUUACUUUACCAAGUUCAUAAUAAUCAUGUAAACUGCAGAAAUUGGAGCAAGUGCCUAAAUUUUGCUACUUUUGGCAUUUCCACGGAACCAUGUACAACAGAAAGCAAUGCAAGACUUGUACACCCGCCACUUCUUGUAAUCGAGGACUUUAAAUUGUGCCCCUAAGGGUUACUUUGUUACCGGUUCACACAAGUUGCCUCUCUCUGUACUUCGUUCCAAAAGUUUCCUUUGAUGUUUGGAGCUACAGAUAGUCAAGGGCUGAAAAUUUGAGCUUUCCGUGUAAGCUUCAAGCCUAGCAGUUCUGUUUUGUUGUGUGUUUUUUUAACCUGAGACAAUAUCUGAUUCCUAGUUCUGUUUGGGGGCAAAUUUUUCAUUUAUCUAAAUAAAAUGCAACCUAAUGAAAAUGC